AUGAAGCUCCUGGCGCUGUCGCUGCCGACAUUGGCGGUUCUUUUCGGCGCGCCGCAGAUGAUAGCCGCUCUUUCAUCAGGGGACGCAGCAGCCAUGUACGAAGCGUACAAUAAUGCGUUUCUAUACACGUCUGGUAGUAAUGCAUACUACAAAAAGACGUUAGCUGACUCCGGCGAAGAUGGAUCAUGGACGGAGGAUCUCGAUAUCGAUGUGGUCUUAGAUGCCUAUGAGGUUACCGGCGAUGGGGAUAAACUGGCAUUGAUAAGCGACCUAUUAACAACAUGGCUAACAUACAAUCCUUCCCCGUGGAGUGGGGAUGGAUGGAAUGAUGAUAUCGGCUGGKACACAUUGGCUCUUAUGCGUGGUUACCAGUAUACCGGCAACUCAAACUUCUUUAAUCAGGCAAAAGCCGGAUAUGAUAUGGCUUUUGCACGAGGAUGGGACACAGCACACAAUGGUGGUGGUAUCUGGGAAUUGCAACCCGAAGAUGAUUCCUCUCCAGCAAAAAAAUGCGUUUUGUCGAAUAACAGCCUUGGGCGGGUGGCUUGCAUGAUCUAUCAGAGCACGCACGACACAACCUAUCUGGACCAGUGUACUGAGAUUUAUGACUGGGUCUGGCACAAUCUAUUUGUCCCUUCUACCGGGGAGGUAUAUGGUUGUAUCGAACAGGACGGGACAAUUGAUUACGGUGACGAUCCCUACAACCAAGGCGCCAUGGCAGACAUGGCGAACAUGCUCUGGCUUAUCAACAAUGAUGAAACCUUUCUCAACGACGCGGAAAUGGCAAUAAGCUAUGCUUUCAACAAGGUAACUGCCAAUGGCAUAUUUAGUUCUCCCUCCAAUACAGUUGGCUGGACAGACGAUCUGACACGGGGCAUGGGACGUACUGUUUGGAACAAUCGACUUUGGAGUACAUACUAUUCGUCGAUGGUUAACAAUGCAAAUGCGAUUGUCCAAAACAAASGAGCCGAUCUUGGCAUCACGUGGAAUGGAUGGGAUACGCCUACUCCAGAAGUCAACACGCUAACAACGAAUCAAGUUGCUGACGCGGCGGCCUGGCUUCAGUGGGUGCCGGCCAGCCAGCCAAAUGACAUUGCAGGUCUUCACAUCAUCACCAAUGUCGAGAGUGGCUUKGCCMUUGAUAGCAUGGGCACUUUUGGAUCGGGUCAAACUGUCAACCAAUGGGGAGUGAACGGCGGUCAGAAUCAGCGCUGGUUACUUUCGCAGAAUUCUGACACCUCAUGGAACAUUAUCAGCACGUCAACCUGGCAAGCGCUGGAUUGUCCUGGUGGAAGCAAUGCAGAAAAUCUUACAAUGAUCCAAUGGCAACCUUCCCGUAACAACAACCAGCGUUGGUGGAUCGAUGAGCAGUCUGAUGGUACUUACAAGAUCUGGAAUCAAGCCAGUCAGAUGGCCUUGGAUGGCGCCUCUGCUAGCGACAACGGCGCUCCGUUGAUUCAAUGGGGUUGGAACGGCGGGGCUCAACAGCGGUGGAACCUCAAAUAA